AUGAUCGAGAUCGUGUUCGCCUUCAAAGGCGGAGGGAGGGGAAGCUGUUCCACUGUGAUCGAGACGAUUAGAGCGUCGCUGGCUGAGGUAUUGGUCGACUUCUAUCCAUUCGCAGGCAGACUUGUCAUGGGCAGUGAUGGGAAGAUGGCAGCGACAUGCACCGGGGAAGGUGUCUUGUUCGUCGAAGCAAUGUCGGACGACGACAUCGGAAUGCUAGGCAAUAUUAGCGUCAUCAAUCCCGGGACACUGCGAAAACUUGUGAAGCAUAGCGACGGAGCCCAAACCAUAGUGGAAGAAUCUUUGCUCACCGUGCAGGUGACGACAUUCAAGUGCGGAGGGAUAACCGUCGGCAUCGUGAUGAAUCAUGUCCUCGUCGAUGGUAAAGCCCUUGCGGACUUCCUAACUUGCUGGAGUGAUGUGGCUCAAGGCAGAUCAUUCUACUUCGAACCACACACUCUCAUUCAACUCAAGAAAUUGUCAACAAUCACAACCCACGAUGGCUCUUCCAUAGUCCCUACGAGCUUCGAAGUCAUAUCGGCGCUCGUGUGGAUUGCGCGAACCAAAGCUCUCGGAAUGGAUCCUCACGAGACAACAAAGCUUCUCACCGCGGUCGACGGUCGACCCAAGUUCGACCCGCCGUUGCCAAGCGGUUACUUUGGGAACGGCAUUGCUUGGUCGUGCGCCGAGUGCAGCGCGGGCGAAUUGACCCGCAAGCCCUUCUCGUUCGCUGUCCGGACCGUGCAAGAGGCGCUCCGAUGCGUCACCGAGAGUUACAUACGGUCGGCCAUCGACCACGUUGAGCUGAACAGGGUUGUGGUCGACUACGAGGGCAACGCUUGCUGCAUCAGCAAGUGGAGUCGGCUCUCUUUCUACGAGACGGAUUUCGGGUUCGGGAGACCGUUCCAAGUGGCGCCGACCAUGGUCCCCCACAACCUCGUCUUGGUCGCUUCCCAAAGCGGGGAGACCGACAACUUGGUUCUGUCUCUGGGGCUUCCUCGUGAUGCCAUGGAUGUUUUUUCAGAGUUGAUUCAGUCUGAGCUGGCACUGAUGAAUAAGUACUAG